AAUUUUCUCGUCUCACUGCACUUGCUUCUGUUUCUCCGAAGGCCAGCCACCGCACGACGUUCGCUCUCGUGGGUCGCAAGAUCAACGGCAACCUUCCGUCGUUGGUCAAACUGUGGACUUGCAUCGGGGCUGCUGAAUUUCUCGUGGUGUUGGGUCAUCUGUUCAUCGAGCUCCAUCGAGCUUUUCCAGAGCUUAAAUCGCGGGGUGCUUUCUUCGGUGUGUCACUGUAAAAUUUUAGAACUGAUGAGCUAGGAGGAGAACGUGUUCGUCUUCAGGCGUUUUGAUUCGAUGUGCGAAGAGCUCAAAAGUUGGUCGGGAAUGGGGUGUCGAAGCGCCGGGCGAGGUCGGUGAAUGAGGAGUAGUGGACAUUACAAGUUACACGUUAACCAUGGUCUUCUCUUUCAACGCACCUUGCUACAGCUCCUAGUCGGGAGGGAAUUUUCGAGGAAGGUUACUCGUGGUUGAGCAGACCAUUGGAGUUGUUUACUCAAUGCAGAGUUUCCAGGUGGUCAAAUUUUAGGGAUGAGUAUCGGUUUCUCCAAAAGUUUUGACAUAGAAUUCGGGCCAAUGAAAGGAGGCAAGGAUGCCGCGAACCAUUCUAUGGAGGGUGUUAUGAGGAAGCACGUUCUGAUGUUGGAGAAGAGCGGCUUUCCCCGGAAUCAUUUCAUUUCCUGUGUUGAAAGGAUAAGCUUGAGUAUCUGGUUGCUGUGAUCAUCAAAGCUGACUUGUAGCUUCGGAGGAGUGUCAAAAUAUCAUAGAACAAUGGAACUUUUCGAGAUGCUGUUACUGUGGGCGCACAUGCAGGGUGGGCACUUGGAUACAGACAUGGCGUCAAUGGCUUCUCUAGAAACUCCCACCGCUGCGAUUUUUGUGGUCCUGGUUGCGGCUUAUUACGGAUCGGUCUGCAAUUCCAACAACAACAAAAAGCUUUGGAAAAUUCCGAGACAAAACACCUACUGGGAUAUGGUGCAGGAGCGGACUUGGAGUACAGACGAACGAGUGAGGGACUCGCACUGGCAUGCUCAGUACCGGAUGUCGUACAGAGCUUUUCAAACCUUGCUGGGUGAGCUUACUCCGUUCAUCGAAAGGAGUAAUAAUACUGUCAGGGAUCCCAUCGAGAUAGACCGAGCCGUUGCUAUGGUGCUUCACAGGCUGGCGUUUGGUCUUCCUCCCAGUACAAUCUCUAAUUUGUACAAUGUCGGCCCAUCCACAGUCACCGAAUACACGAAGCAGAUCACGGAUAUUCUGGCUUCCAAGAAUAAGCUUUACUCGAAGUUUGUGUGCAUACCAACAGGGACGAAACUUGCAAACAAUAUCGCGAAGUUCCAGAAGCUGACGAACAUACCGAACAUUUGUGGCGCCAUCGAUGGGACUCAUAUCAAACUGUGGCGGAAGCCCCGCCUUCAAGACACGCCGAAGUUCUAUUGGAAUAAUAAGAAGUUCUACAGCGUUCUGCUUCAGGGAGUCUGUGAUGCAGACAAGGUUUUUUGGGAUGUUUGUUGCAACGCACCUGGAGGCCUCCAUGACGCAAUUCAUCUUAGGUCCAGUAGCCUCUGGCUCAAGCUAAAAGAGGGCAGAGUACUCGAGCAACCUGUUGCGCAGGUGAGUACCAGACCGAUACGUCCUUUCCUUGUUGGCGACACGGACUAUCCCAUUAUGCCCUUCCUUAUCACACCCUUCUCUCCAGCACGAAAUUCUCAGUCGUCAGCUUUACAAAAUGACUUUGAUGCAGAGCUGAACAAAGCCCACUUAUGCAUCGAAAGUGCAUUUGGCAUCCUAAAGAAAAGGUGGGGUAUACUCACGAAUUUGAAUAUUGGUCUGCAAUACGCCCCUCAAGUUGUGAUUGCCUGCUGUGUUCUCCACAAUUUUUGUCAGCUGGCUGGAGAGCGAGAGCCAGACGACCAUACAGAUAUGCAUCUGAACAACGAUAACUCCUAUGUACCUCCUCCAGAUGAAAGUGAGAGACUGGCAGGCAUAGCUGGAAGAGCUGAUAGAGCCGCUUUGUUCAGAGACUGGGCAGAGAGAAGAGUAAGAUACGGCAGCUAUCCUUGACUGGCGGGGUCUACAGUUCAUUUUACCAAUACCAAUCAUGAGGGAUCUGGACGCAUCCUCUUGAACUGUCGGGGGCGAAGUCUCUGAGUACCAGCAGUUUACCCACUUCCAUCCCCAUCGUGUCGAAUGUUGAAGAGCGUAGAUGCUUCUUGUCAAAUGGACUGCUUGAUUUCUUCUGCAGAAGAAAUGGACGACGAGCAUGAGCAGAGGGUCCAUCUUGGAUUACUACAGUACGAUCAGGCGUGAAUGAAGCUCUUGAAAUACUUGUCGCCGCAACGUGUGUACCUCGGGUCUUAGGAAAUGUAAAUUCUUUCAAAGCUAUUAAUUUGAUCGACCAAGGUCAUCAAUCACUCACACAUGGUCUUCGCAAUUCAGGCAAUUAUGAUGUUUCCAUCAAGAGUGCUUCUUGGUAAGCACACUUGAGUUUGCUCUUAGGCAGCUUCAGCAGGUUUUCCAACCUACCACUAGUAUCACAGUCAGAGAAUAUGAUUAGAGGACUGAUCAUGUGCAUAAGCCAUCCUGUAGUCCGGUGCGUAGCCACCAUUACAUCGUCUAAGCAGUAUUGUUGUCUUAUGUCAUUAGUCUGCGGAGCUUUCGGUAUGAUAUUUCCAGUUCGUGCACAGUCAAUUGCUGCCAGAUUCUUGUAGUAUCAAGUCGUUGGAGGGCUGCUCUGGUGUUAAGGACUGCUGAUUUCUAUUGUUGUCCUUGAAGGUUUCACAUGAGAAGGUCCGUCACCAGUUUUUUUACUACUUAUUCUUCUUUGCUUGGGUAUC